AACGGGUCGGGCCGGGCCAAUGGGGGCGGCGGGCUCCGCGGCGCCGGGGAAUUCCGCGGCCCCGCCCCCCAGGCCUCCCGCUGCCUCCCCCGCCCCCCGCGGCCCGGCCCGGCCCGGCUCCGGCUCCGGCUCCGGCACUGGCUCGGCUCUGUUGCGGCCCCGCAGGGAGCCUGCUCAGCUCAGAGCCCUCCGCGCCCCCAGCCCCGGGGCCCCGGGGCCCUGCCAUGCGGAGGAGCGGCCGCCCGGCCCGCUCGGCCCACGGCGCCCCUACCGCGGCCGCCUCCUCCGUGCUGGCCGCCAUGGGACCCACUGACAUCCCAGCCUUGGCUCUGCCCACAUCUCGGACCACAGGUGGACAUCAUCGACGAGUACAUCAAAGAGAAUGGCUUCCGCCUGGAGCGGGCCCCUUCUGGGGAGGGAGGCCUCCGGCUGGUCCCGCGCGGCCCGGCCUCCCUGAGCACCGUGACUCUGGGGUGCCCGCCCCCCCCGCCCCCGCUCCCGCCGGCCUGGCCCAGCCCUCGGCCCCACCUGGUCAUCACGGAGCAGCCCAAGCAGAGGGGCAUGCGCUUCCGCUACGAGUGUGAAGGCCGCUCCGCCGGGAGCAUCCUCGGGGAGAAAAGCACGGAGGCCAGCAAGACCCUGCCGGCCAUCGAGCUCCGGGACUUCGGGGGCAUCCGGGAGGCCGAGGUCACGGCGUGCCUGGUGUGGAAGGACUGGCCCCACCGGGUUCACCCCCACGGCCUCGUGGGCAAGGACUGCUCCGACGGCAUCUGCCGCGUCCGGCUGCGGCCCCACAUCAGCCCCCGGCACAGCUUCAACAAUUUGGGGAUUCAGUGUGUCCGCAAGCGGGAGAUUGAAGCUGCCAUUGAAAGGAAGAUUCAGCUCGGAAUUGACCCCUACAAUGCUGGCUCCCUUAAGAACCAUCAGGAAGUGGACAUGAAUGUUGUGAGAAUCUGCUUCCUGGCCUCCUACCGUGAUGCCCAGGGCCAGCUCCGCAGGCUGGAUCCCGUGCUCUCUGAGCCUGUGUAUGACAAGAAGUCCACAAACACAUCAGAACUAAGGAUUUGCCGAAUCAAUAAGGAGAGCGGCCCCUGUACCGGAGGAGAGGAAUUGUACCUGCUCUGUGACAAGGUGCAGAAAGAGGACAUCUCUGUGGUGUUCAGCACGGACUCCUGGGAAGGCCGGGCUGACUUCUCCCAGGCUGACGUGCACAGGCAGAUUGCCAUAGUGUUCAAGACUCCGCCCUAUGAGGACUUGUCCAUCCCCGAGCCAGUCACCGUCAACGUGUUCUUACAGCGACUCACGGACGGCGUGUGCAGUGAGCCGUUGCCCUUCACGUAUCUGCCUCUGGACCACGACAGCUACGGCGUGGACAAGAAGAGGAAGCGAGGGAUGCCGGAUGUCCUGGGAGAGCUGAGCAGCUCAGAUCCCCACGGCAUCGAGAGCAAACGUCGGAAAAAGAAGCUGGUCUAUUUGGACCAUUUCAGCCCCACGUCUAGUGCCGCUCUCCCUUUCCUCUCACCAGCUUCCCUGAUGCCGGAGCCCGAUUUCUUGCUGCCCGUGAGCCUGCCCGGCCUGGAGCCCCCCGGCGGCCCCGACCCCCUGGACGACUACGGCUUACCCUACGAGCAGUCCUCGCACUUCUUCACCACCAUGCCGGACCUGUUCUCGGGGCCCGGGGUCGGGGCUGGGGCCGAGGGGGAGACCCCGACAGAGCCCCACAGCCCGGAACUGCUGAGCCUGGACUCCUACCCGGCCCCGGCCUAUGCGGGAGAGGCCACCGCAAGCCUGGUGGGCAGCAACAUGUUCCCCAACCAGUACCGGGAGGGGGCCUUUGGGGGGAGCGGCCUCCUGCCCCCGGGGCCUGAGGCCACAUAGCGGCGCCCAGGAGGGGCUCCCCGCUCUCCCCAGGGAGCCACAGCGCCUCCUCUUCUCCCAGACUCUGCGGCCAGCGGGGUGCCUCACCUUCGUCGGGGGAGGCCUUGCACGAGCCAAGCUCCCCCGACCCAACCGGGUUCCCCACCUGGAGCAGCUGCCAGAGACAGACCUUCCUCUGCACUGCCUACCCCGGCCUCCUCUGGGCCUCGAGCGGCUGCUGAGCCGCCCUGCCCUGCCCAGCCAGGCCUCCUGUCCAGGACGAUGGCCCCUCCCGGGACAGGCAGGCUCCCCCCGUCCUGACCAGUCAGCUCCGCGCUUCCUAAGUGCCUGCUCUGGUGAGGCAGCCCAGGCCAGCCCGAGCCCGUGGCUCCUCUCCAAGGAAGCGGCCGCCUGGGCCGCCGGCCUCCUUUCCUGGGCUCUUCCCACUCACACAGCCCUGGAGAAGGACGGGAAGCUGGAGGGAGGGAACAGACCUGGCCUGGUCUUUGGGAAGAGGCUGAACCCCCGCCUUCCUUUCUCUUCCCAAUAAAAACGUGUGACUUUG